AUGGGCUUCCGCCAGUUUGCCACGGCCGCCCUCGCUGUCGUCAGCCUCUCCGUAUACCAGGGAGUUGCAGAUGCCAUCGACGUCGACCUUGGAGUCUCGGCACUGACUUCGGAAGUCGAAUCGGACUGGACUUCCGUCUACUAUUCCAAGAAACAGCUCCUCCUGCUUGGCAAUGACGGGAGUCCCACAGGGGGAUGGCUUGCCUGGAAACUGGACUCGGCUUCGCCCUUGACCCAGGUGCACGCCGAGACGCCGGGUCGCAGGACCAAGCUCGUGACCACCCUCUACGCGGAUGCGGACGAUUCAGAUGAGGAGGACCUCAUCGUCAGCAUUGGGCAGCCCGACUCGGUCAUUCGAGUGUGGGAGGCUGACGACUUUGAGGAAGUCAAGUCGGCACGGUUCGUGGCUCUGGGAGAUUGGUCGGCACUGUGCUCGUGGAAGACGGCAACUGGAUCGGAUUAUCUGUACCUUUUUGGCAAGAAACAGGCCAAAAUGUUUCUCAUACGCAGAGCCCAUGGUGACGAUGACGAUGAUGAUGACGACGACGACGAUGAUGAUGUUAAGAUCAUUGAGGUUCAAACCUUCCCUCUCCCCAUCGAGCCGUCAGGCUGCGCAGUCUCGCCCUCUCUGAGCAAGAUGUUUCUCUCGGCCGAUGAUGACAAGGACGUCUACGUCUUCAACCUGGCCGAGUCCACCACCCCGCCCGCAGUCAGCAAGAUUGGGGAGGCCGAGGACGACGUGACGGGCGUGGCUGUCUACGUUUCAAACACUACGGGCGUCGACUAUCUCUUCGUAGCAACCGAGGACACUGUGGCCGUGUACGAGCCACCGCUCAACCUGCUUGGCCACUUGAACCUUGUUGGCUACGAAGACAUUGAGAUUCAGGGUCUCAGCAUUCACCAACGUGCCACAUCCAAGUACCCUAGCGGCGUACUUGCAUACGCUAUCGAGGCUGAGGACGUGAAAGGCUUUGGUAUCAGCUCCCUGGACGGCGCUAUCCAAACCCUAGGACUCAAGGUCAACACGGCGUACAAUGCCAAGAUUGGAGGCAAUAAACAGUCACCCAUUUGUGGCGCCUGCUCUAGGAACGGCUACUGCACCAGAGCCAGCAGGGGUAUCGAAUGUGCUUGCUUCUCAGGCUGGCAAGGCAAGACGUGCAGCGCAUUCACCUGCCAGGACAACUGUUCAGGCCACGGCCGGUGCGUUGGGCCAAACACAUGCCAAUGCGAUCGGGGUUGGGGCGGCUUGCACUGCUCCUUCGUACUUGUGAAGCCGACAGCAGAGACAACUGCCAACGGUGGUGAUGGAGAUGACCCCGCCAUCUGGAUCUCGCCCACGGACCGGGCUCAAUCCCGCAUCAUCACGACGACAAAGUCAGAGCAAGGCGCAGGAUUAGGCGUCUUUGAUCUUUCCGGAAAAAUUCUGCAGACAAUCCCAGCCGGCGAGCCGAACAACGUGGACAUCAUCUACAACUUCCAGGCAGGCUCGCGCAAGGUUGACCUUGCCUAUGCGGCCUGCCGCGAGGAUGACACCUUAUGCCUCUUCGAAAUCAAACCCACCGGCCAGCUCGCCACCAUUCCCGGCGGCAGCCAACCCGUUAUCCCCGACUUCACCGUCUACGGCUCUUGCGUGUACCGGUCCCCGUCAACGCAGAAACAGUACCUCUUCGUCAACGAAAAGUCCUCCCGAUACCUGCAGUACGAACUAACCUCAACAGCGAACGGCACUCUCCAAACAACACUAGUCCGCUCCUGGUUUGCCGGCUCAGGCGGGCAGGUCGAGGGGUGCGUCGCGGACGAGGAGAACGAGUGGAUCUUCAUUGGCGAGGAGCCGCACGCGCUGUGGCGGUACGACGCCGAGCCGACCGAGUCCAACCCUCAGGGCACGGCGGUCGGCACGGUGGGCGACGGCCACAUGUAUGCCGACGUCGAGGGCGUCACGCUCGUGUACGGCAAGACCAGGGACGAAGGGUAUAUCCUUGUCUCGAACCAGGGCGUGAGCGCUUACAACGUCUACCAGAGGAAAGCCCCUCACGAGUUUGUCAUGACUUUUACGCUUACGGCCUCGGCCGAUGGCAAGGUCGAUGCGGUUACCAACACGGACGGCAUCGCGGCUGUGGGGACCGGGUUGGGGGAUAGGUUUCCGAAGGGGCUGUUUGUGGUGCAUGAUGAUGCUAAUGAGUUGCCUGGCGGCGGGACUAGUGCUGAGGCAAGCUUCAAGCUGGUGGGACUGGAUAGGAUUCUUGGGGCGGAUGUGGUGAAGCGCUUGGGGCUGAUGGAUCAGGUCGAUAAUGACUGGGACCCGAGGGCUUGA